AUGAGUGCUCAAACUAACAAAAAUUAUCGUCGUAAAAUUUAUGCUUGUGCCUUGAAGAAUGUCUCAGAUUAUGAUGCUAAAGUUAUACUCAUCUACGAAGGUAUCGAAUAUGAUAAUGGAGAAAUCAAGAAUACACGUUUGGACAUUGAUGUAGAGAAGGGUAAAACACGUUAUCUCUCAGAAAGACUAAUUACUCGACGUACGUAUAAUAUUCGUGAAGUGAUCGAUCGCGUCGAAGUCACGUUAUCUAAUGGAACAAAACUGGAAUUGAAAGCACCUUUCGAUGGUGUUGAGAAUCCAACAGCCGAUUGGCAUUUUGUCAUUGAAAACACACAGAUCAAAUCGGCUGGACCUACUCCAGAAUUUGGCAAAUAG